CCAGUACGCCACACAUCGAGUAGGAAAAAAAAAAUCCCCAUCAUUAUCUAUCUUCUUCCUCCAUCUUCUCAAAAUCCUCCAUCACACAACGGCUUCCAUGGAGCAGCUGCGAGGCGUCUGGGUCUAGGACACGGCCGCUCGAUGCUGACCAAGCGAGGCGACGAUGGCGUGGAGGCGGCUGGCCAGCGGCACGGCGGCGACGCAUCUCCGGCGGGGCGUCUCCUCUCCCGCGCCUUCUCCGCCGCCAACCCUACCCUUCUCGGCAGGAAAGCGCUGCAGGGCAUUCGGUCGCGGUGUUCGAGAUGGGCCCCCGCGUUUCAAGCUGGCGCCCCCGGGCUGGGAGCUCUGCUGGCGACCAGGGUGUCUUCCGGAGCUCGUCCGAAGCUGCCAGGUCUCCUGAAGGCAUUUGGGACAGGCGGCUCCGCCAUUGCUGUGAUGCUUUAUCCAAGAGAGGUUGCUCAGGCAGCAGGUCCAAGUCAAGUGGUGUCUUUAUUGACCUGUAUCGACUGCAUGGCGCAUCUGUUCUGGGAACACAGUCUGUUGUUAUGUAUGUGAUGAUGGAACUGCUGAUUUUUGACCCGAGAGAUUAUGAUACGUCAAGGAGGAGAUAUCUGAGCCAUGCGCCGGCAGAGAUGCAGCAGGGAGGAAGAGACGGGGAUGAGGGCAGGCGCUAGGAAGAGAUUGAGGCUGAUGGUUUGCUUCUGCUCAUUAGCUGUUUUGCAACGAGAGCAGUUGCUUUCCUCACGAAGUGUCGUCAGUAUUUAAUCUGCUACUGCCUGCUAUUGUACUUUUCUGUCCUGACAGUAAAGUUUUUCUUAGUAACUUAUUUUGGCAGAUUCGGUCUAGCUCUACAAUCUUUUAUGGCUAAAUUUUUUGAGUCAUAUUUGGUCAAAAAGUAAAGUAGUAGUAACUUAUUUCAGCAGUCAGUCCAGUUCUACAAUUUUUAUAGCUUAAAGUUUUUUCUAUGAUAGUGCACAUAGGUUAAGGAGCAGACAAUCAGAAGAGCAAGAGGAUGCAAAGGAAGAUGGCGUAUGGAAUCUAUGAGUAUGCUAGUGUGUCGUUUCAUCGCGUUGAAGAGGAUAAGAAGAUUACCGGAGCCACGUUGUCCGGCAACACAACCGUGUAGAUUUGUGUAUGAGUGUGACCUAGGUUGUCCGCAGAAGCAGGCCGGAGUUGUGUUUUUUGGUGGUUUCAUCGUUUGUGCUUUGUUUAAAUAGCAGGCGUUUUGCUUUGUUCCUGUAACCGAGUAGGAAAUUGAGUCGGAAGCUUUGUAGGAAACUGAGUCUGUAACCGAGUAGGAAAUUGAGUCGGAAGCUUUGUAGGAAACUGAGUCGUAUUUUUUUCUCUAUCUAACAGGUAUUUUGUAACCAAGUAGUAAAUUGA